CAGUUUAAUCAACUUAAGAAUUUGUCGAUUUACGAGAUAUCAUAGCGGUAGAGUAUAUCUAAACGCACAGUCAAUAUUACAGAUCCAAAUAGUUUUCCGUUUCUUUUAAAAGUAACGACAGAUACUUGUUUUAUAUUGGGCGCGCAAUGUGCGCGCGUCGACAUGUCAUACAAGGGUACGCGCAGUAACCGCCACAACCCGGAGUUCGAUCCGUAGUCCCAAUGUUGGACCGACCGGAUCGACGAAAACAAUAAUUUUCUAGAGAAGUAGUCGCUAAAUUUAGAAAUCGCGGCACCGCACGAACUACGACAGGUGACGUUGCUUCUGCGUCCUUGGUCGGCCUUCGUGGUACUUCACGGUGACAUACGAGGCUCCGGCUGGUCCAGAUCAUGCAAAAUUCGUCCCUUCUUCAAAUCAACACCGAGAGGCCCUCGGCUCUCGUGUGCAUCGCUUAUCGUCAAGUUAGUACGAUGACUGGGGCCAAAAAUCCUGCAGAGCAACCGAAAGUGGAAGAAAUGAACGAAGCAAUAAAGCAGAACAAUGUUAUUAUGAAAAAAAGGUUUGGAGAUUUAAAAAUCAAUUCCAUGGAAAGUUUCCUGGAGUUCUCUAAGGACAUGAUGGAAUCUCUUAGGUCGUUAUUAGAGGAGUUGAAAAUUCGUUUCGAACAAUUUCGUGAACAACAACAGAACAUCUUCGAUUAUUUUUCGCUGUCUAAUCUGCAGAAGUUGACUCAACGGGAACAAUAAAUUAGAAAGUGCCGAAGUAUUCAUAUUCUUUAACACAUUCAUGUUUUAAAUAUCAUGGUUUUUAAUGAUAUAAGUUUACACGAUCGAUACUACUG